UAACGUAUCAACCGGUCAGUGUAAAUAAACACGAGUAAAGACAGAUAAAAGUAGUGUACUGUGUAAAUAAUACGUUUUCCUUUGUGUAAUUAUAAUAGUAUAGUUUGAACUACAUAUUCACAGUUAACUCAGAGGACGCCUUGUCACACUGCCUCGGUAGGUCCCGAAGCAAAGCCGUACAGAAAACAUCUUGCUACAGUUAAUAUAUACAAUGGAGGAGCUACACAGUCAUUGCCAGAAUUGUAUUAACAGAAGAUGCAUGAUAAGACUAGAGAUUGGUGUUUCAUGUGACCUCAUGGGUUGUCCUCUUGUGUGUGGGGCAGUUUUCCACUCGUGUAAAGCAAACGAGCACCGUUUACUAUGUCCGUAUGAAAGAGUGCCAUGCCUAAAUAGUGGUUUUGGAUGCCCCUUCACUAUUGCCAGAAUGAAAAUGGCACAGCACCUGGGAACAUGUCCAGCCAGUGUUGUGUGCUGCACCAUGGAAUGGAACCGAUGGCCGGUUAGCUAUGCUGAUCGUAAAUCCUAUGAAAACUUGAGUAAGGAAGUUUACGAUGUAGAACAACUAGAUAUGGCGUUGGCUCUACAAGAUCAGCGCAUGUUACUUGAGUCUCUCAAAGUGACCACCACUGUGGCAAAAUCAGUGGAUGAACAAAAUGAGGAAAACAAAAGAAUGAACUGUGGUACUGAAGAAGCAGACUUGAAAAAUGGACUAAUUGAAAUGGAUGGAGAGACAUACGAUGAACUUUACAAGGCGUCAGUGGAAACCAGCAGAAAUUUAGCAGCAGCUUUGGACAUUCUCAGCAGUGCAAACAAAGGUAUCGACUUGAUCAUGGAAAACCUCAGUGGUAAGAAUGUAGAUAACAAUGGGGCUUGUCACAGUGGUAUAAACGGGGAUCAUUGUUCAAAAGAAGAUAAAGUUGAGCUAAUGAGGGAAAGUGACACAGAUUCCGAGUGUGAGCUGGGAGCUGUAGGUGGAGUAGACUGUGCUUUUCCAGUAGAUUUUGAUGAAGAUGAAAGUGAGUGGAGGGAGCACAGUGCAUUUGAUGAGCCUUCUGCUGAAGAUGAGGAAAUAAAUGGCAAUAUGAAUGUAGAUGCACAUGGAUUUUUAAAUAUAGAGGAGAAUGCCAAUCGUGUCAGAUUUGAAAUGCAAGUGGAGAGACCUGCGGUAUCUUUCAACAACUUUGCUGAUGUUAGGCUAAACAUGCCUUACCAUUCCAUGCCCACUGUAGCACGGCAACCAGAAAUGGCCCAUUCACCCCAGUUUCCACUACCUCCACCCAUUCCUCUGCCUGAUUUAGUGCAGAACAAUGUUUUACACCAACUGCCUGUUGAAAUCGAGGACCGAUGGCUGGAGCGCAAGCUGCAGAACCUUCAAGUGCUUAGAGGUAUGAGUGUGUUUACAUAUAACGGACGGAAGGCUCUUCUGUCCAGUCCGUAUUUGUUUCGGGCCAGAAUGGAAGAUAAGGCAGUGGACACUUCUGACCUAGAGGUUGCGGAUGAUCCUAUUGGCCUUCAUGGUAUCGACUUGAUCACUGCUGCUUUGCUCUUCUGCCUUGGCGACUCACCGGGAGGUAGAGGCAUAUCGGACAGCCGUUUUGUGGAUGGAUAUCGAAUUGACUUUGGCACACAGACUUUUUCCUUUCCCUCUGCUAUACUGGCCACCAGCACCAUGGUGGGUGAUAUUGCCUCAGCAUCUGCCUGUGAUCAUGCCAGCCCUCAGCUGUCUAACCCCAGCCCAUUCCACACACUCAGACUAGACCUGGUCCUAGAGUGUGUUGCCCGUUACCAGACCAAGCAGCGCUCUAUGUUCACGUUUGUGUGUGGGCAACUGUUUCGCAGGGACGAGUUCUCCUCUCAUUUUAAAAACGUCCAUGGGGACAUUCACGCUGGGCUCAAUGGCUGGAUGGAGCACAGGUGCCCUUUGGCAUUCUACGGCUGCACCUACUCCCAAAGAAGGUUCUGUCCCUCUGUGCAGGGUUCUAGAAUUAUUCACGACCGCUACCUGGGCUCUUUUGGCGUGCAGUCCGGCUUAGCUGAACGUGCAGGUAAAGUCCAGUACCACAGUCACUCCCACUGUGACCAACUCAACAGCUUGCCUUUUGAACUACUGCAGCAUAUUGCAAGCUUUUUGGAUGGUUUUAGUCUGUGCCAGCUGUCUCGUGUGUCUCAUACCAUGAGGGACGUUUGUGCUAGUCUACUUAAAUCGCGCGGAAUGGUGGUCUUGCUUUGGGCAAAGACAAGACGUGCAGAUGGCUCUUUCUCAUGGCAGAUUCAUGACAAGGUAUGGAGAUUUAGCACAGCCUUUGGAACAGUCAAGGAGUGGAAAUUUGCCAACAUUUCCAGCAUGGCUGACCACCUGAAGAAGUGCAAGUUCAACACAGUGGCCCGUCGGGAGGAGGCCGUCCCUCUGCCAUGCAUGAGUCACACCAGAGAACUGACUAAAGAAGGUCGCUCAGUAUGCUCCAUGCUUAGGCCAGUCUUAUAGGCUGAGCUUAAAAAAAAGAAAUGUUCUGCCAUAAUGGCUUUCAGUGUGACAGAUGAGUGUGAUGUUUUCAUUUAAAAUACUGGGGUUAAAUUUUUUUUACCGUGUUGUAUCAUAGGAAUUAAAUUAAGCAGAGCCUUAAUGUAAAUAUAUACUUAUUUACACUCAUCUACUAAUAAAAUAUGCAGGGUUUAUUAUUGUUAUUUUAUAUUUACUUGUACAGAUGGACAAAACGUAUGUUGAGGUCUGUUUAAUGCACCAUUACCUACAGGUAUGUCCCCUUUGGACAAUGGUGACAAAACAUUAUUUUAUUUAGGAAUGUAAUAAUGUUAACUGUCUUUAGCAGUUUUGUAACUACUGACAGUUUUAAUAGAACACUUAAACCUUUUUUUGGUUUUUAGGUGAACAUUAUGUAGCACUUUACUAAAGAUUGCUAGAAUACGAGAAGUUUACUUUUCUAAAUCUAAUCGAAAGUCACUAAAAACUGUGAUGUUUUGUCCUGUAAGUGAAUUCAUCACCCUUAUUAUUCUCUCUGGAUAGAAAUGUACACUAACAUUUUGCACAAAGUAGUGUAUAUACACUCACAGUCCAUUUCAUUAAAAACACUGUUAUCCAGUAACCAAAUCAGGUAGCAGUAGCACAAUGCAUAGAAUCAUGAGGAUACCGGACCAACUUGGACCAUUGAAAAUGUUUGUUUUUUUUGUUUGUGCCAUUUUGUUAAAACACUAGAAACCUUUGUGCAAAGAAAAAAAAAUGUAUAAGCUCUAAUAUAGUGAACCACCCAUCUGGCACCUACAACCAUGUUGUUUUUUUUCUCAGUUCUGACGUUGGAUGCUUGAAUCUUGACCUGUAUCUGCAUGAUUUUAUGCAUUGUGUUGCUGCUAGACUGUUCAGUACUGUCAGGUGUUCCUAUUAAAGUGUCCGGUGAGUGUAUAUCUGUGCAUUUGGAUCUUUAUCUUUCCCUUAUUUUAUUCUUGACAAAAUGAGCUGUAAUGGAAGCCUGCCGGACAGGUCUACAACAAAACGUCUGAAGCUAUUCUGUUAGAAAACAGGCCAUUUGUUGGAAACAUGAACACAUUUCCAAGGGUUUUUCUAAUGUUUCUCAGGGUUCUAAAGCGGGAGUUAGAAUGAGUUGAAAGGGGGAGUUAGAAUGAACAAAAAGAAGAAAGAAACAUUGUGUGAAGUGAAGUUAUAGCUGGACUUGCAUAUUUAAUGUUCAGCGUAUAAGGCAAGGAUUUAUUGUUCCUGGGGUGUCAGUAUUAAACAGCACAAAUAAGACUGGUAUAUUUGACAAGGCUGAUCACAGCCUGAGGAAUAUUUCUAUUGAACAGUUGAACUUAUUGAAACAUUACUGAGGAGUUGAACCAUUUUGUUUGAUGUCUCUAUUUACAGGCUUUUUAAAAUUGGAACAUUUGAAGUGUGUGCCUUGAAGUGUAGCAUGGUGUUAGCACACAAUUUUGUAUUUUGUAUUAAAACAGCUCAGAACAAUUGGUUGCCAAUAGAUUUGCAUGGUUUAGGAUUUCUGGCUUAUAUUUUGAGUACUGAAUAUUUUUUGGUAUGUGCAAGUGACAUUUUAUAGCAUCAUAUUUCCCACGGAUGUGAUAAACAUAGCAAAUUGAAUGCACUUUGGAGAUCAUAUGAUCAUUUCUGACUCCUUACGCAUGUGAUGCUUAUUGCUGGAAAUAUCAAACUAUUGUCUACCUUUAAAAAGUUUUUAUUUUUGUGUAUCAUAUAAGACAUCUGAUAACAUUUUUUGAAUACACUUAUUAAAUACAUAAAACCUGUUGGUCCUGAUUGCA